UCAGAUUGUCUGUGUGUUUAUGGUGCACAUUGUUCUUCGGCUUUACCAGAAUCGGCAGCAAAUAGUGCUUUUCAUUUCUCUCUAACCUGUGUUUAAAAUCAAAAUUAUUUUUAUUUGCAAUUAUUAAAAUAUAUCUACUUUGCCUCUCCUUUCAUGUCUUUUUUUAGGACUGGGCGUGUGAAAAGCCAUACUCUCCCAUUUCACAUUAAAUGUACUAAGACUUCUUUUUAUUUACUUUUUUUCUGUUAGGUUGCAAACUAUCGAGAGAAUAUGAGCUACCUGGAUGACAUACCCUUUAAAAUGUGCAAGAGUUUUGAAGAGGACUCUGCUGAAAGCACCAACUUAAUCAGUUUAUCCGACUUUGAUAUUCCUGACUGCACUGAGAUCCUAAUGUGCACAAUGUAUGAUUUCUCAUUAGAAAGAAGGGUGCUUUAUUGGAUUGAGGCCGCUUCUGGGCAAGAAACUCUCUGGUAUGAAGUUACUGCUGAUGUUGUCCCAACAGCUCCACCUUGCUGGCUGCUUUUGGUUGAUCCUAAAGAAAACUAUGUCACCAGUACACUGACCGAGGAGACAACUGGUAGAAAAGCUAAGGAUGGUGUUACACAUACCACCUCUGUUCGGAGAUGUGUGAGCCUAAGUGCCGUUGAUGUGAGAUCUGGCCCUCCCCAGCCCAGAGCUGCGCCGGCUGAGACAGAAAGUGAGGACUGGUACUCUGAGGAGAAUGAGUAUUCUGAAGGUGAUGAGUACUCCUCAACUGCCUGUGAAGAAAGUGACGACAACGAAGAAGAAAACAUUUUGGACAACAAAUGUGUCAAAAAUGCCAUGCCUCAGCAUUCCGGAAUGUAUCAGUUUAGGCCAAGGUCUUCACCAGUAUUGUUAGAUCCACCUUCUGAAAAGUGCUGCCACGAGCCAGUUACCUCAGGUCUGAUCAAGCAAAGAAGAUCCAUGAUUUUAUUUAAUAGUAUGAAGAAUGAGUUGGAAGAAGCCAAAAAGAAGUUAGCUGCUUUAGUGCAUCCUUUAAAUAGAGCAUCUGUUGAAAAGAAACAGGCUCCAAGACCAUUUUCGCUCUACCAGCGCUCUCGAAGUAGCAGAAAUCUUAGAUACGGACCUGCCUCUGAUGUAUCCUUGAUGGGAACUUUAACCCCAACACCUCCGCCUACCCCUUGCUGUAGUCCUAGGACACUUUCUGCUGCUAGGUCAAUACCUCCAAUAAGAAACCAUAAACCCACAGUUGCGUCCCUCAGCCCCUAUUCCUGCUUGCCACCCCCUGCUGGGACUCUGCGACCUCCAAGUUCCCACAGAGCUCAUCCAGAUUCAACAGCUGACCUCCUCUCGGCAUUAAGCCAAGAGGAACGUGACCUUAUAGAGCCAGUUAUAGCCUUGGGUUAUCCGAUACGCAGAGCAAUCCUCGCCCUCCAGAAGACUGGAAGACAAAGUUUAGGUCAGUUUCUCAGUUACCUUAGUGCCUGUGACAGGUUACUGAAACAGGGCUAUGAAGAGGGGCAGGUGGAAGAAGCCAUGGAAAUGUUCCAGUACUCGGAGAAAAAGGCAGCUGAAUUCCUGCAUCUUUUAGUGCAGUUUAAAGACAUGGGUUUUCAGCAAGCGGAAAUCAAAGAGGUUCUUCUGAUAUAUGAAAAUCAUAGAGACAAGGCACUAGAAGAGCUGAUGACACGAACACAGUGACCAAAUCUGUGGUAACAGUGACAUCGUUUCAUCUCUAGAUUGACCACCAGAGCCCCAUAUGUGUCAGUUUCAUUCUAGACACAGGCUGUUAACUUAGUGAAAAACAUGGCCACCGACCAUCAGAAAUAAACCAUGCAAGUCAUAUCUCAAUCUCUCCUUACAUUCUGUGAACGUCUAUUACAAGUAGUAAUUGAUCAUGGCAGUGGCUUUAUAGUAGAAUGUUUUAUCUGCACCCCUGCUUUCUACCUCAACUAUCUCAGUAUGCUGAAUAAAUUGAAAGUGAUUCCAAGCCCUAUGUGGCUUAAAUUCUGCAAAAAAAA